AUGGAAAGCAUCGAGAAGAUAUACAUUAAGAACAAAUUGGAAUUGAGUGAAACAUUUUUCUAUUUCUACAAUUGGCUAAAAGUUAAUUAUAACACAUCGUUAAUAAUAAGUGAGAACAGCAGUUUAAGGAGUACUAUAGUGUUGGAGCUAGAGAGUGGUAAGCGACUGCUGUUAAAUGAGUUAAAUUGCUGUGAAGCAAUAUUUCGAUUAUGCUGCUCCCUGGAUGAGGAGAUUGAGGAUGAUAAAGCUAAUGGGUGUGAAAACGCAAAUGAAAGUGAAUAUGCGAAUGGAAGUGGAAACAUUAAUAAGCAAGAUAAGAAUAGGCAAAAAGGAAAAAUGAACAUUUGUAGUUACUCUUUGCAGUUGGAAGAGUUAAAAUAUUUUUUAAAAGAUUACCUAUUAGAUAAUAAAAAAAAAAAGAAAGUGAAUGAAGACUUUUAUAAUAAGAUAGAAAACACAAUGAUUGAAAAAAAUUAUAUUUUUUGCAUGGGUGGAAAACAGAGAUAUGUCGAUUUUUUACUUUUUUGUAUUUUUAAAAAGAAUAAAAUAGAGAAAGUGGAAAAAAAAUAUGUACAUGUUAAUAAAUGGUUUUGUAAUAACAAUUUUUCUGUGAAGGAAGAGGAUAUGAAUUCAUUUACAAACACCAAUUUUAUUCAACAAAUAAUUGAAGAAGAUUUAAAAAAAAAGAAGCAUACGUAUAUAAUAACAAGAUUUCCUCCUGAACCAAAUGGCUACCUACAUUUAGGUCAUGCAAAAAGUAUAUGCUUAAAUUUUGGUUUAUCCGAAAAGUAUGGAGGAAGAACACAUCUACGAUUUGAUGAUACUAAUCCAAUAACAGAAGAAAUAAGAUAUAUAGAAUCUAUAAAGGAAGAUGUGAAAUGGAUUGGUUAUGAUUGGAAGGAACAUUUAUAUUUUGCUUCUGACUAUUUUGAUCAGUUAUAUGAAUGGGCUGUUCAGUUAAUAAAACAAGGGGAUGCAUAUGUAGAUGAUCAAUCCAUUGAAGAAAUAAGAAAAAAUAGAGGAAAUUUAAAAGUGUCUGGAAUUGAUUCCCCAUAUAGAAAUAGAUCGGUUGAAGAAAAUAUAAACCUUUUCGAAAAAAUGAAAAAAGGUAUCUAUAAAGAAGGGGAAAAAGUAUUAAGAGCAAAAAUUGAUAUGUCCUCAGGUAAUAUUAACUUAAGAGAUCCAAUACUUUAUAGAAUUAUGCAUAAAGUACAUCCAAAAACUAAGGAUAAAUGGGUUAUAUAUCCUAUGUAUGAUUUUGCUCAUGGGCAGUCUGAUUCGUUAGAAAAAAUUACCCAUUCUAUAUGUACCUUAGAAUUUGAAACACAUAGACCUUUGUAUGAAUGGUUUCAACAAAAACUAAAUAUUUUUAAAACAAGACAAAUCGAAUUUGCUCGAUUAAAUGUAACCUAUAUGGUAAUGAGUAAAAGAAAAUUAUUAACUUUAGUAAAUGAAAAAUGGGUUAAUGGAUGGGAUGAUCCUCGUAUGCCAACUAUAUCAGGUAUGAGGAGAAGAGGUUAUAGUCCAGAAGCUAUUAAAGAUUUCUGUAGUAAGGUAGGAGUAGCGAAAAGAGAAAAUAUGAUACCUUUUGAAUUAUUAGAAUUUUGUGUAAGAGAGGAUAUGAAUAAAAAAGCUAUACGUUUAUUUGCUAUUUUAAAACCUUUAAAAGUUUUCAUUACAAAUUUUGAUGAACAUCUUGACAAAACAAGUGACUUGUACGAAUUGACUGCAUUGAAUCAUCCCAAAAAUGAAAGUAUGGGUAGAAGAAAAUUAAAAUUUGAAAAAGAAAUUUUUAUUGAUCAAGAUGAUUUUCAAGAAAUUCCUUCAGAAGGCUUUUACAGAUUAGCCCCUAACAGGACCGUUAGAUUGAGGUAUGCCUUUUGCAUUACUUGUAACCAGGUAAUUAAAGAUCCGCAUACUAACCAAGUUGUGGAACUGCACUGCACGUAUGAUCCACACAGUAAGAGCAGUAACAACAAUAUCAGUAACGUAAGUGGUGGUAACAAUGGCUGUCACAUGAACAGUUCAGAAAAUUCGAAAAAAGUGAAAUCCACCAUCCACUGGAUAUCAAAAAGCAAUUCACACCCAUCGGAAUUUAGGAUGUACGACAAAUUAUUUACAAAACCUAAUCCCGAGUCAACCGAUGAAAAUUAUGAUAUUGAAAAGUGUAUGAAUAACUUUAGUGUUGAUUUGAAUGGUCCACUUGAGUCUGGCACGCAGUUAGGGACUCACAAAAUGAAUGAUAAGAAAUGUAGAGUUAAUUGCGUUAAUAGCAAUAACUGCGUUAAUAGCAAUAACGGCGUUAAUAGCAAUAAUAACAUUAACAUCAUCAAUUACAGUAGUGGUUUUCCCCCCUAUGAAGAUUACGAGUUUGAUAAUGUGGAUACCAGUAAUUUCACUAACUCGAAUGAGAAAGAAGAAAUUAACUACACUACUGAUAUUGGAUGGAGGAAAUAUAUCAAUAAACAUUCUGUAAUUGUACAUAAGGGACUGGUUGAAAAAUAUUCCAAUAAUUGUCAAAUUGAACAACCUAUACAAUUUGAAAGGAUUGGAUUUUUUACAAAAGACAUUGAUUCGACGAAGGAGUGCCCAGUUUUUAACUUAACAGUUGCCUUAGUUGAUAACACUGAUUUAAAAAAAAAAAAAGAAGACAUUUUAAGAAAGGAAAUGGAUAAACUUAAGAGGGAACAGAUUGCUAAAGAGCGGAAGAUGAAAAGGGAGGAAAAAAAAAUUAGGGAACAGAAAAAAAAAUUAGAGCAGAAGGAGUAA